AUGAAGUUAUCAGUGUCAGCUUACACAGCUCAGGCCAGUGCUCACAAGAAUCUCUGCAGCUAUCAGCAACAGCGGAGCUACGGAGCCACGAAUCAGGCCCGGACCCCCUCAGACCUCGCGACGGUCCUUCCUGCCCUCAAGGUGGAUCGGGCGGAGAAGGAAGAAGGGCAGGGAGAGGGUGGUCUGGUGCCAUCUUGCAGCGGUGCUUCCGGUUCGAGGAUGGGCCCCGGGCCCGAUUCCGGCAGCAGCGCUCCUUCUUCGGUUCCGCAAUCGCUGGCUACCUCGAGAGACGACGAAGACGACGAUGACGAGGAGAGCAGCGGUAGGCGGUCCAAUGGCCACGGAGGAUCGAGGUCAUCGGAGAUCUACUACCGCCGGCGACACGCUAUCUCGGGCCAUCGACGAGCCUUGGCGAGGAGGUUGGCGGCCGGCGCUGCUGGCCCCAUCGCCGCCACCUCGACCACCUCGGAAUCGCUGGAGAGCUACGGCGUCGAUACAGAGAUACCCGCCGCAGCCAGGAGGCCCCGUAGCACGAGGGGCUCGCAAAAAUGGAGUAACGUACGCGCGGUCAUGGCGUUAUAUUCCUCUCUACGCAAAAUCAAGAGAACGAAGAGCAAUCAACGGUGGAUGAAACUGCGCACGACCGUGCAGCUGUCCUCGGCGAUCACCUCGACGAUUCAGAAGAAGCCGCCGCUGAAGCGCGAGGACUCGUUCCUGAAGAGGUUCUCCACCCGGCAGAUACCGGAGAGCCAAGAGACCCUCGACACCGGCGAGGGCGAGGGGGACGCGACCGACGAUAAGGAUACGGGCGCUCGGCGCCGCAGGCGACCCCGCAGACCGCAGAGGCCGCCCAAGACCGUGGUCAAUCCCGACGAGAACUUCUACUACUACUGGCUGAUGCUGUUGUCGGCCUGCGUCCUCUACAACCUCUGGACGCUGAUCGUCCGCCAGAGUCUGCCGGAGCUGCAGGCGCUCGCGCCCAACACCUGGCUCGCCUGCGACGGCUUCACGGACAUGGUGUUCUUUCUGGAUGUGGUGGUGCAGUUUCGCACCGGCUACCUGGAGCAGGGCCUGAUGGUCUACAACAAUCGGAAGCUCGCCGGUCACUACCUCAAGUCCAAGUCCUUCGUCUUGGAUCUGUUCGCGCUGCUGCCGCUCGAUCUGCUCCAGGUGAACCUCGGCAAUAAUCCCAUGCUGAGGUUCCCCAGGUUCCUCAAGAUCUACCGAGUGUACAAUUACUACUACAUGGUGGAGUCGCGGACGGUCUAUCCAAAUUUCUGGCGCGUGCUGAAUCUCAUUCACAUACUGCUCAUACUGGCGCACUGGUUCGGCUGCUUUUACUACCUGCUGAGCGAGGUCGAGGGCUUCCAAGGCGACUGGGUGUACCCGUACCGGCCCGGCGAGUACGCCACCCUGACCAGGAAGUAUCUCGGCUCCCUCUACUGGUCCACCCUGACGCUGACGACCAUCGGUGAUCUGCCCACGCCGGAGACCAACGCCGAAAUCGUAGCGGGCGGCAAUCCCCGGAGCCUCGCUCGUCGUGGCCGACUGUCCCGGCUUCUGCAGUUCAAGAAUAAUGGAGGGUACGUCUUCACGAUAGUCAGCUACUUGAUCGGCGUCUUCAUAUUCGCGACCAUCGUCGGCCAGGUUGGCAAUGUCAUCACGAACAGGAACGCGAACCGUCUCGAGUUCGAGAGGCUCCUGGACGGCGCCAAGACAUACAUGAGGCACCACAAGGUGCCGGGCGGUAUGAAACGGCGGGUGCUCAGGUGGUACGACUACAGCUGGUCGCGCGGCAGGAUACAGGGCGGUGGUGACAUCAACACCGCCCUCGGUCUACUCCCGGACAAGCUCAAGACCGAGCUGGCGUUGCACGUGAACCUCUCCGUGCUGAAGAAGGUCACCAUUUUCCAGGAAUGUCAGCCGGAAUUUCUUCACGAUCUCGUCCUGAAGAUGAAGGCCUACAUCUUCACCCCCGGCGAUUCGAUAUGUCGGAAGGGCGAGGUCGCCCGUGAGAUGUUCAUAAUAGCCGACGGUAUUCUAGAGGUGAUCAGCGAAACUGGUAGAGUCCUGACGACAAUGAAGGCCGGGGACUUUUUCGGCGAGAUUGGUAUACUCAAUCUGGACGGAUUAAAUAAACGCACAGCCGACGUUCGUUCGGUGGGUUACUCCGAGCUGUUCAGCCUCUCGCGGGAGGACGUGCUGGCGGCGAUGAAGGACUACCCGGAGGCGCAGGAGAUCCUGCAAAACCUCGGCCGGAAACGGCUGAUGGAAGCGCAGAGGGUAGCGCGGGCAUCGCGCCGACCUACGUCGCCCGGCCACGAUUCGUCCGACAACAGCACCGGCAAGAGGAUCGUCGAUAAGCUGAAGAGCGACGUGAAGGGUCUGAAGAACGUUCUGCGGAAGAGCAGGCGCAACACACGGCCUGAGGAGAGCCUGGAGCUUCAGCCAUUAGCGCCGAAGAUGCCAAUGCUGAGGCGGCAGCAGAAGAUCGACGACAGCCAAGACCUGCCGUUGCCCAGUAACCAAGAGCAGCCGGUGUCGCCGCUGGGCGCCGGUCUUCCGCUGUUGUCCAGGCUCAGGCUGUUGAAGGAGAAGGAAGAGAGGGAGGAACGGCGUAAUCUGAUGGACACAACGACCCACGCGACGGAGAUACUUCUGUUGAAGGCGAAGAACGAGCAGGACACCACUCAAAUGGAGAGGGAAAUAGCCCCCAUCAAGGAGCACACCCUGCCUAGAAACGCCAUUCCCGAGGAGCCGAGCACGCAAUCGGACGAGCAAUCGUCCUCGGGUGGUCAAAGCGUCGCCAUGACCACUGUGACCUCGCAGGUUGAGACGCGCGCGGUCAAGCCGAUCAAGAAGCCCUGGACCACGUUGAAAAACGCGUCGUUGACCACCAAGGAUAAUUCGCCGCAGAAAAGCCCGCCGGCCAAAAAGCUGCAACAAACCAAAAUGUAUGCCUCCGUCGACGACCUCUCGCCGGAGUACUGCGGUCUGCCGUUCGUCAAGAAGCUCAAAAUUCUCAACGAGAGGCAGAAGUUGGCCGAGCUGGAGAAGGCGGUCAGGAGCUCGUCCCUCGAUUGCGGUGAGAACUUCGAACCGGAGUUCGACAGCAAUCUCACAAGGAGUCACUCGGAGGCCUGUGCCAUCGAGUACGCCAGGAAGCUGGCCAAAUAUAAUCGAGAUCGACAAGCGGCGGCGUCGUCGGCGCCGGAACAACUGUCGCCGGAGAACGAGACGCUCGAGAGGCGGAACCUGAAGAGCAUCCUGAAGAAACUGUCGGCCAGCAGUAGGGCCGGCAGCUCCGAGACCUCGGCGACGAGCACGCCGGAUCGCGAGGCCGCGACCGCCGAGCUGAGGAAGCUGAUGAGAGCGCCGACGAUCGAGGGUUACGCCGCGCGGCACUCGAAGCUGUCCAAGAGCGUGACCUUCAACAAGUACACGCUGCAGAGCCCGCCGUCCGAGCAGCCCCUGCAGCCGCCGCCGUUGAACUACCCGCCGUCCGGCACCCAGGAUCAGCCGUCACUGCCGCCGCCCAAUAAAUUCAGUUUCCGUCCUGUGAGCAGUGUCGGUGGUGUCCUGCAAACGAUGUCCCGGCCGCGGGAGGAGGAGUGCCUGGGCGAAUUGCUCUCCGGGGUCGGUGAGGUCAUCAAGGCGGGCUUGGACGACAUGCAGGGCAAAUUCGAGCGACAGUUCACGUCGCUCGAGCUGGAGGUCCGCAAGCGUGACGAGAUAAUAUCGCAGCUACAGUCGCGGAUCCAGGAGCUGGAGCGAAGGAAAUUGCGGGCCGCGGACGAUUCCGGCGGGGACAGCACCGAGCACGACGCCUCCAUGGAGGAGGACCUCGACGACGAUCGCGAGGAUCAUCCCUUCAUGCGUGACAGCUCCGUGGACACCGUCCUCGGGUCCGCGCGGUCCCGCAACCGGCACUCGUCCUCGUCGGUCGGCUCGAGCUCGCGCUCGCGCAGCAGGCGAUCGUGGGAGGAGCACUCGGAGAGAGAAACCCUGGAAUUGCAGGAGCUGCCGAAUUCGAUAGUGCCGCAGAGGCUGUCGCGGAAGGAUGUGGCGAUCGACGUUGAAUCGAACAGCGACAGCAGAUCGGACGAGGAAUUUGACGUCUGCGGCCAGGAGGAGGAGGAGGAAGAGGAGGAGGAGGACGACGACGAGGACGAUGACGACGAUAAGAUCGUGCGGCAAGACGGCUACAACAAUUGGGAGGUCGCCCUGCUGGCGAAGCAGCUCGAGGCGAGGAGAAGAAGCGGCGAUAACGCCAGCCCGGGUUCCUAGCGCAUUAACGAGAUUCUAGAAAUACUGUGUUACCUCACGAACACGAUACGCUCCGACGGAUGGUGCAAUCCGCUGGCUGGGACCGGCGGUAGUGCAGCUUUUUGCGAACACGAUCAUCGCUCGUACUUACAGUUAGACUUCGAUAGUAUGACUACUAGCUGCAGCGAGACUAUGAUGUAGUACGAUCUCGCAGGGCGUUGUUGAUAUCUUUUUUCUUUAUUUCUAAUCCGUUUCAUCGAAUUUGUUUUCCAGUUAUCUGUGAUAGAUCUCCAGCUCGAUGAAUCGGCGACCCAGUAUAAUUUACUCUUCAUCGAUAUUAUCUCUCAUGCAAUACAAGUUCUCUUGUCUCCUUCUUCAACCUUUUCCUUAUGCUUUUUUUUUCUUCGCUGUUACGAGUGAUCUUAUCGAAAAUAUAACUAGUUCAAAUGAUUUGAUUUCUCUCAACGCGUACAUUGGAUUGUAAAUAUUCACAGGUGUGCCUGAGGAAAUAUUAAUACAUGAGAUAUUCAGGACUCUCUUCUCUUAUUACAUAGACAUCCUAAUUGAACGUACAAGAUAUCUCAGAGUAGCUAUGUACCAAUAGCAAAAUAUACGACCUACAGGGAGUUUCUUAAACGGGAAAAUUGGAAAAUUUUUUAGGGUGGGAAAUAUCGAAACUUGGACUAGAAUGCCGCGCAACCGUAUGCAACCGUAUACACCAUAUUAUAUUUUUGAAAAAUACACGCCUCUUUCUUGCCAUUUCGUUGGCAGCGUUUAAGAAUUCGUCUCUGCUCCUCCGAUUAUCCACUUAAUCAUAUUCCUGAAAAGCUGCACCACAAACGAACGGAGAUAUUAGUCGGUUGUACGAAGCGAGAGAAGGAAUAAAUAAUUUUAGAAGAAACAGAAAGAAAAAGAGAAAGAUAUAAACAGAGAGAUAUAAAUAUAAUUUGAAGCGAACAGAACUUAAUGGAGAAUAUAUUACGUAUACUGACCAGACCAAGCUCAAUAUUUCUAGAGUCUUUACAAGAUACGUCUAUUAAGCGACAAAUGAUUAUUAAAGUAAGGAAAAGAGAAUUAUUAAGAUCUUGUACAUAUUAGCCGAUAAUUUAUUUAUUUAUGAGCGAAAGAGGAAGAGCGAAUGAGAGUAAGAUUACGGAAAGAGGGAGUAGGAGAUACAAAUAUAAAAGUUAGUGUAAGAAUGAAUUUUAUUGGAUUACAAGGAGAGAAGCAUUUUAGAUGCUGAUAUGUACCUAAUAUGCGGACGAAAGGAACAUACAAUAAAGCAAAUGUUUUCAAA